GUUGACACUUUGGGGUCAGUUUUGUACACACAUGGGAGGAGCCCUUGGCCGGAAAUCCCGCGAGGAAUUUCCUUCUGGAUUAUAAGAUAACAGAGCUCUGUGUUGAUCGAAAGAACAAUUCUUCAGCUAGUAACGUUGAACAUUAGACCUGGGACGUUGAAAGAUGACAUUAGUAUAUGUAUGGGUUUUGGUCUGGCUUCUUCCAUCGUGUGAAGGAAUAUAUCAUUUAUGCCCUUCUCCGGAUGCUUGCAUCUGUACUGGUUCGAUGAUCAACUGCACAUGCGCACAACGACAAGAUGUUAGAUUAUUCAGUGUCACUACGUUUGAAACAACAAACAUUAUGGUCCGUGGGUGUCGACAAGUGACAUUAUCGCUGGGUUUCAUGUCACAUCAUUCUCUAGAGGAGCUACAUUUCUCCUACUUACAGUCGUUUUUAAUCGAACCUUUUGCAAUGGGAGAAGUAAAAAACCUGGGAACUUUGAAGAUACAUAACAUAGAAAAUUUGAACAUACAAUCCCACGGCAUCGGUGGCCUGGAAAAUGUUAGUCUGGUGGACAUUAGGAAUGUCAGAAUGGGUCAUGUGCCAUUGUCAGCUUUUGGAGUGUUCAAUAACAUUCAAAAGUUCCAGAUAUUUGACUCUUACAUUGAGACUUUGGAGCCACUGGCGUUUAUCAUGAUCAAUGUUGACCAGCUAAUAAUAGCCAACAGCUACAUUUCCGAGUUACAAAAUUCAUCGAUGAUAUUACACAAUAUAAGGAAGUUAACUUUUGUUAACAGUUCCAUCCACUUCAUGGGAAAAGCCUCUUUAAAUCUUGAGAACAUAAAUGAGAUACUUUUUAAAGACUGUCAGUUUAGUCGUAUUUCAGGGGAAGCAAUAUCAGCCAGAAUCGGUAAAUUUCGAUUUGAAGGGAACACUGUGGAGGCCGUGGAGAGCAGAGCUUUCUGGAAUGUUACGGUCGAAGAAACAGUGGUAUUUUCUAAGAACAACUUCAGUUCGGCUGAGCCAGAUUCUCUUAUCCCGAAUAAUGGGCCCAACUCUCUGGCUAAUGCUUCUCUUGAUAUAUCAAAUAACUUCUUCUGGUGCGAUUAUAGCCUAGCCUGGAUGUGGAAAUCAGCAAAACAAUACGAGAAACUGCUGCACAAUGGUUUUUGUUGGGGUCCUUCGGGCGAGUUGACAGACAAGCUUAUGUCAAAUCUCACCAUUGAUUCACUAAUGAAAGACGUGAUACUGACUACUCAUGUGAAGUCGAACAGUUUGAGUACAGUGAAAGUAUCACUGAGAACAAACAGUAGAACUACGGUAAAAGAAGACAGCACGAGUUCACCACCUGAAGUAUCAAAUUCAAGAAAUGGAUUUGUCAGAAGCACAUCUUGCCUAUCGUGUCAACCAAACAGUCUUAGAAGCAUUCAUCGGGAGAAUAUUAAUCUUCUUACUAUGCUAUUAAUUACUAUUAUCUUCUUUUGAGAAGAUCCAGAACUUGUAAAGUGUAUUACCUUCAACGUAUUUAAGCUUGUUUCUUCUCAUUUUAACCCUAGAUCUGUGUACCAUAUUUUUAUUUACACUUUUAGAAGUCACUUUGUAUAUAAAAAUUUUUGGUUUGAUUAAUUUAAUGGAUUAUUAUUGUUUAAAUAUUUACUUGCAAGCUCCAGCGGAACAUUGUUUUCAUCCAUUAAGCUUCAUGUAAUUUACAUAUAUACAAAAGUAAGCAAAGCAUUAUAUCUUUGAUUGAAAGAAAUUUAAAUAACUUAUAAAUAUAACGUUAACACAUAUACGUUUUUUCAUUUGGUUUAUUUCUUACCGUAAGAGCUUUUCUUCAGCCUAAAGUGGUAUUUCUACAGUAUAUUGGUCAAAUGAAGUUAUAUGUGAACAAAAACAAAAAUGAAUUUAAUUUCUACAGUAUAUUGGUCAAAUGAAGUUAUAUGUGAACAAAAACAAAAAUGAAUUUAAUUUCUACAGUAUAUUGGUCAAGUGAAAUUAUAUGUGAACAAAAACAAAAAUUAAUCUAAUUUCUACAGUAUAUUGGUCAAAUGAAGUUAUAUGUGAACAAAAACAAAAAUGAAUUUAAUUUCUUCAGUAUAUUAGUUAAAUGAAGUUAUAUGUGAACAAAAACAAAAAUGAAUUUAAUUUCUACAGUAUAUUGGUCAAAUGAAGUUAUGUGUGUUCAAAAACAAAAAUGAAUUUAAUUUCUACAGUAUAUUGGUCAAAUGAAGUUAUAUGCGAACAAAAACAAAAAUGAAUUUAAUUUCUAUAUUUAUCAAAUGAAGUUAUGUGUGAACAAAAACAAAAAUGAAUUUAAUUGCUUCAAAUCGAAGACGGGGUACUUUGUUUUAUUUCUAUGUUUUUGUGCCAGUUCUGUUGUACAUGUCAUAUGUAUGUAACUUCAGUUAGUGUAUAUAUGUAACAAGUGUGUACAAGUCCAAAUUAUGUAUAUAUAUAUAUAUCUGUAUAUUACCAAAUAUGUGUCUGUAAAAUUUACAAUAUUUUAUUUCCAAAUAUUGCAUUUUUCAGUUGAA